CCCCACGCCUCCGCCCCGCACUUGGGGAGCGCGGCAGGAUGCGGGAGGCGCUGGCAGCGUGGCUGGUGCUGAGCCUGAGCCUGCUGGGGGAAACAGGGGCCGAGAACAUGUGCGGGGACCCCCCCGGCGCCCCCUCCCACUCUGUCGCCGCUCCCCAGCUCAGCCCCGAGGAGCGGCUCUCGCCCCACAUGCCCGAAUCGCUGCUCUGUGACUCCUGCCACGCCAUCGCCUUCCAGAUUGAGGAGCAGCUGCGCAAGGCAGAAGGGAAGGUGGGCAAGAAGGCUUUGAAGGAGUCGGACUAUAUAGAGGUGUUGGAGAGGAGCUGCUCACAGGACUGGGAGAGUUACGGGGUGCUGGAGCUGGACGGGGAGAAGCGGCUGGCGGGGCCGGGGCUGUCGAGGCAGCAGCCCCUGAGCGUGCUGGUGUCGGGGGGACCUUGGCCGGGCAGGCUCUCCAAGCUGUGCCACGGCUACGUGGGCGAGCAGGGAGAGGCGCAAAUCUACGGCGCUCACCGGCGGGGCCCGGCGGCGCUGCGACAGCUGCUGUGCCACGGGGACAAGGGACCCUGUGCCGGCCGCAAGCACAGCCCGGACCGUCCCAAGGCGCUGCAGAACGAGCUGUAGCCCGGCGAGGUUAAUGCUUAAUGCCCCGGUGACCUUCGGAGCCGACUUCGUCCCCAGCGGGAGCCGACACGUGUCGGGAGGAGCGCCUCGCCGCUGUCGCCUGUCACCGAUGUCGCCGCUGUCGCUCGACGCCCGGCCCGGCCGUGCCGGCAGCAGCGCGGACUCCGGGAGGGCUGGGAAUUACUGUGUAACCCACGGGCUGUAAUGUUUCACCACGGAGCAGCCCCGAUUAAAGCUGUUAAUGGCUGA